GCGGCUGCGGCUGGAAGAUGGCGCCCUCGGGCCCGGGCAGCGUCAGGCGGCGGUGCCGGCGGGUGCUGUACUGGAUCCCGGUGGUGUUCAUCAGCCUGCUGCUGGGCUGGUCCUACUACGCCUACGCCAUCCAGCUGUGCAUAGUGUCCAUGGAAAACAUUGGUGAACAAGUUGUGUGCUUGAUGGCUUAUCAUCUACUUUUUGCAAUGUUUGUCUGGUCGUACUGGAAAACUAUCUUUACAUUACCAAUGAAUCCUUCAAAAGAAUUCCAUCUCUCUUAUGCAGAGAAAGAAUUGUUAGAGAGAGAGCCAAGAGAAACCCAUCAGGAAGUUCUUAGGCGAGCAGCCAAAGAUCUUCCCAUCUAUACCAGGACCAUGUCUGGAGCAAUCCGAUAUUGUGACAGAUGCCAGCUUAUAAAACCAGAUCGCUGCCAUCACUGUUCCGUCUGUGAUAAAUGUAUUUUGAAGAUGGAUCAUCAUUGCCCAUGGGUGAACAAUUGUGUUGGAUUUUCAAAUUAUAAAUUCUUCCUCCUUUUCUUGGCUUAUUCUCUGCUGUACUGCCUUUUUAUUGCUGCUACAGAUUUACAGUAUUUUAUCAAAUUCUGGACAAAUGGCCUACCUGAUACUCAAGCCAAGUUCCAUAUUAUGUUUCUAUUCUUUGCUGCAGCUAUGUUUUCUGUCAGCUUGUCUUCUCUGUUUGGCUAUCAUUGUUGGCUAGUCAGCAAAAAUAAAUCUACAUUAGAGGCAUUCAGAAGUCCAGUAUUUCGGCAUGGAACUGAUAAGAAUGGAUUCAGUUUGGGUUUCAGUAAAAACAUGCGGCAAGUUUUUGGUGAUGAGAAGAAGUAUUGGUUGCUACCCAUUUUUUCAAGUCUAGGUGAUGGCUGCUCCUUCCCAACUUGCCUUGUCAACCAGGAUCCUGAACAACCAGCUACUCCUGCAGGACUGAAUUCAAUGGCUAAAAAUCCUGAAAACCAUCAAUUUCCUGCAAAGCCAUUGAGAGAGUCCCAGAGCCACCUUCUUACUGAUUCUCAGCCUUGGACAGAGAGCAGCACAAACCCAGGAAAAGGCAAAGCUGGUAUGAGCAAUCCUGCUUUAACCAUGGAAAAUGAAACUUAAAUCUUCAAGCAAAAUAAAUUCACAUUUUAUAAAAAUACCAAUGCCACAGAAGAAUGGAAGAGGCUUCCCAUGGGAAGGUGCCAUUGGCCAGUUGUUCGUGUAUUCAUUAGGCUAGAUGAAUAUGCAGAUUUUUUACUUCUCUUUUUUUCUUUUCUUUCUCUUUUCUUUUCCUUCCUUCCUUCCUUCUUUGCUUUCUUUGCCAGUGCUAGAGAUAGUGCCCAGGGCCUUGCACAUGCUAGCUUGGCAAGUGCUCUUCCACUGAACACCAUCCCCAUCCCUGGAUAGUCACAAUAUUAACUGAUUAGUUAGCCCUUGCUUAAAUUAUAAUACAUUUUCUAUUAUAACUAACUCCAAAUCCUACUAAGUAUUAAAAAUAAUUAAGGUUUAUGAAUCAAAAGAGCAAUAUCUUCUAUCAAAAUCUGGGAAUAAAUUCACGGGCCAAUUUUCAUCCAAAUAUUUGGGUUUCACAAUUUAUCACAUUGAAACCUCACUGACCAUCUGACUUUCUGACUCAGAAAAUUGAGACUAAUAUUGUUUAAGAUUUAAAAGACUUGAAAUGUCGUAACAAUAAGACUUAUUUGUAAAACAUACCAAUUACUUUUAAGAAGAAGGUGUCAAGAAAUCAAACUUGACUUUUUUCCCUCUGAUGUGAAUCUGGCCUCAGACUAUAAGUGAACUGUAGUUAACUAUGAAUUCAUUAGAAAGACCAAGUGGUCUACAGUUCAGAUCACCAAAAGCUGCUAGAUUUUAAUUCUAGUUCUAAUCUUUCUUCCCUGCUAGAAAAUAAGUGUGAAAUUGAAGCUUGAGCUAAAUGGUAAAGCAAUUGAGUAGAAAGAUUUUGUUAGACCCAAUGCAGUGUUUUGAGAGAGUAAUUCUAAUGUAUCAGAAAUGUAUUUUCAUCUCUUCUCAUCAUAGAAUGAGGGAGUAAAAACUGUGAUAACAAUUAUGUAACUUGGUUAUGAUAUUCUUCGGUUGGUUUUCACUUUUACAGAAUCUCUUGUUUUUCCUACUAAAUAUAGUGAAAAUAUUAAGUCCCUGUUAAGAAUUCCUGAUGGAUCAUUGGAUUAACGCUGCAAUGAUAUCUAUAUUAUUUAUGUAUUCUCUCUUUAAACUAUGACAGUUCAUUUAUAUUCUCUUCAAAUACUCAUUAAGAUUAAAUUAUGCAAAUCAUUAAACAAAAACCAUAUAUUUAUAGAAAUUUAAUUCAACAUGAAUUAAGUGGUAUACUAUUUGGGAAUUUAUUUUGAAGAUAAACUAAAAUGAUGUGUUUGUGGAUGUCAAAAUGUUUGGCUUCCGUGAGUAAACCCAGAAGCUCUCGUGCCUUGUAUGCACUACUUACAAAAAACAAUGACUUGUUUUUUAAAAACAAAUAUUGAAUAGAGUGUAAGCUUUUUUUAACGUUAACAAUAGAGUAAGCUGUCUAAUUUCUUUGUUACUAAUCUGAGAAGUUAAAGCAGAUAAUGUCUAAACUCAGCUAAGUAAUUGGGAUAAAUGUCUAACACAACACAAAACUAAAAGAUGAGACAUAAUGGUGUAAAAGAUCCUUGCAGUUACUCAUCCUUACUAAAAUUAUAAAGAAUUUCAUAUUAAAUGUGUUUACGAAAGAACCAAUGUCAACCAAGUCCAUUUUAUGAUUUAUUUGAAUACAUUUUUUAAAAUAUUAAGAUGGAGGUUUUUUCCACAUUUUCUUAAGCUAAAAUGUUUAAUGACAAUCAGCUUGAAAAAAAUCUCAGAAGAUAUGAUACAUUUUCACUUUUAUCUUCAAGUAUUUUUUGGUCACUUAUCAUUACCUGAAGUGCCAGACUGGAACCUAUAGCUCCUGCUAGAAGUCUUAAGGGCAGCAGUAGUAUCAUGUGACUUACUAAGAAUUAUAUGCAAAUAGAUGUUUUGAAAGCACAGUAACUACUAUCGCUGUUUUUCUGGACAGGAUCAAACUGGAAGCCAAGAAAAAAUAAGAGGGAUUUUAACCUUUUACUCUACUGCAAUAUUGUUAAUUUUCCUCCCUUUAGGUCUUUUAUGUACUUUCUUAAAUAAAUAAGUCAAGAAACAGUAG